AUGGGCUUCCUGCGUGAUAAGCUCAAGCAGAAGCUUGAGGAGGUUACGGCAGGUGUAGGAGGACUGCUCAAUCAGGGUGAUAACGACAACACUGCCGCCAACUACCAAUAUCCGGAAGCCGGAGACGAUGAAGUCCCCGAAACCUCCUACCCUCACCAGUAUGGCGCCAACCGCUUCGGAUCCUUCGCACCUGAAUCCUCAGGCGAUGUGAAGUGGUACGUCGAUGGAGCCUCCUACUUCUGGGCCGUCUCCAUCGCCCUCGAGCAGGCCAAGGAGAGCAUCUACAUCCUUGAUUGGUGGUUGAGUCCCGAGUUGUAUCUGCGCCGCCCCCCUGCAAAGAAUGAGCAGUACCGGCUUGACCGGAUGCUGCGCAACGCUGCAGAGCGCGGUGUAAAGGUCCACAUCAUCGUGUACAAGGAGGUUGAGCAGGCUUUGACUCUCAAUUCUCGGCACACGAGGAAAGCUUUGGAAGGUCUGCACAAGAACAUCCAGGUCUUUAGACAUCCUGAUCACAUUCCAAGAGGCAGAGAUGUCCUUGCCGAUCUCCGGUCCAAGGUGCAGAUGGGCACAUUCAGCUUGGCUAAGCUCCCGCAGAAUACCCUGACCGCAUUGUACGGAACCAAGGAUGACGUUACCCUGUUCUGGGCCCAUCACGAGAAGCUGUGCGUUGUUGACAGGAAGCUCGCAUUCAUGGGAGGCUUGGAUAUGUGCUUCGGAAGAUGGGACACGAACAGUCACCCAAUCGCCGAUGCUCAUCCCAGCAACCUCAACGACAUCAUUUUCCCCGGUCAGGAUUACAACAAUGCUCGUGUUUACGACUUCGAGGAUGUCAGCAACUGGGAGCAAAACAAGCUCGACCGCACCAAGAACUCUAGAAUGGGCUGGUCUGAUAUUAGCAUCAGUCUGCAAGGCCAUAUCGUGGACAACCUAGUUGAUCACUUCAUUGACCGCUGGGCCUUCAUCUGGAACGAAAAGUACAAGGAGAAGGACCCCGGAAAGUACGCCCUUAUCAGUGCGAACGCUCCCCAGCAAGAGCAAAGCCGCGAUCGCGGAUACGGAGAGAGCCGUGAUCGUGGAUAUGGAGACCAACCUCCCUAUCCUGAUUUUGGUGAAUUCGAAACCCCUUUCCAUCUGCGCCAGCAUGCUCGCCGUUUCUUGGGAGACACCGACGACGAGGACCACCAUGACGAUCACAGACGCUCGAGCGAGCGUCCUAGACGUAGAAUGAAGGUUCAAGUUGUCCGAAGUUGCUCUCAAUGGUCGGGUGGUCAUGACACGGAAAAGUCCAUUGCGAAUGCCUACAUUGAGAUCAUCAACAACGCCAAGCACUUCAUCUACAUUGAGAACCAGUUCUUCAUCACCGCUACGUCCUCCGCUCAUAAGCCGGUUGAAAACAUGAUCGGCAAGGCCAUCGUCGACCGUAUCAUCCGAGCCCAUCGCGCCGGCGAGAAGUUCGUCAUCUUCGUCAUGAUGCCUGCCGUUCCUGCUUUCGCUGGCGACCUCAAGUCUGAUGGCGCUCUCGGCACUCGUGCUAUCAUGGAAUUCCAGUACUUCAGCAUCAACAGAGGUGGUAACAGCAUUAUCGAGUGUCUGCUGAGGGAGGGUAUUGAGAACCCAGCGGAUUACAUCCGAUUCUACAACUUGCGCAACUACGACCGUAUUAACACGAGUGAGGCUAUGGCUCAGGCUGCUAAGGAUGCUGGAGUCAGCUACGAAGGCGCCCGUAAGGAUUACGACGACAAGUUCGAGCGCUCUAUUGACGACGAUCGGAACCAAUAUGAGAGCAGCCGCGAUCCAUAUGAGAGAAACAGAGGCGGAUACGAGGGCGAAAGGGGUUACGGUGGUGAGCGGGGCUACGGUGGUGAGCGGGGCUACGGUGGUGAGCGGGGCUACGGUGGUGAACGGGGCUAUGGUGGUGAACGGGGCUAUGAGGGCGGCAGAGGUGGAUACGAACGGGGCUAUGAUGACCACAGACCCGAGCGUGAAUACGGUGAUCGGUACGACGGUGGUCGUGGUGACGACGAGUACGGACGCAGACACAGCGGCUACGGAGGUGGGCACUGCGACGAGAACUACCGUCCGGGCAGCAGACCCGACAGCCGCUACGAAGGAAGCCAGGGAGGACGCCAACACAGCCAAUACGAGCGCUACCAGGAAGCCGCCAGCAAGAUCACCGACAACACCUGGGACACCAUCUCCUCCUGCUACAUGCUGAACGGGCCCGAUUUGCACAGCGUUCCGUGGAAUGGCUCUCCCGAAUCUGAGAUCGACGCCUUCGUCUGCGAAGAGCUUUACAUCCACUCCAAGGUUCUCAUCGCCGACGACCGCGUCGUCAUCUGCGGUUCCGCCAACCUUAACGACCGCUCGCAGAUGGGUGACCACGACUCCGAGAUCGCCGUCAUCAUCCAGGACAAGAACCGUGUCGACUCCUUCAUGAACGGGUCACCUUACCGCGCUUCCGCCUUCGCCGCUUCCCUGCGUCGCUACCUCUUCCGCAAGCACCUCGGCCUCAUCCCUGAUCAGCGCUGGGACGCCGCCAACAACAACUGGACCCCCGUCAACCAGCACUCCGUCAACGAAUACGACUGGGGCUCGCACGCCGAUCAGCUCGUGGAAGACCCCCUCUCCGACGACUUCCUUGCGCUCUGGUACAAGACCGCCAAAGCCAACACCAAGAUUUUCCGCAAGGUGUUCCACGCCGUCCCCGACGACACGGUGCGCACAUGGGAUGACUAUGACAAGUUCUUUAGCGAGAAGUUCGUGCUUCCCGGAACGGAGGCUAAGCUGGCCGAGGAAGGGUACAAGAAUGGUAAGGUGGACUACGGACACGUGGUCAAGGACGAGUUCCCUGGAGGCGUGGAGGAGGUUAAGGAGUGGCUGGGUAGAGUCCGUGGAACGCUCGUGGAGAUGCCGUUGGACUUCUUGAUUGAUGUGGAUGAUCUGGCGAAGGAGGGGUUGUCGUUUAAUAACUUGACGAAUAAGCUUUAUACCUAA